AUGACCAGUUAUGAACGUGAAUCAGACAGUGCGAGUGUAAAUCACAAGGGUGUCACGUGCUCGGAGAAUGGUAGGAUUGAGGAAGGUGGUGAGCGGUCUGGCGCCGUGACGAAACGUAAGUAUGGGAAUCCUGAGGCGCCUCCCGAGACCAAAAUGCUCUUGGUUACCAAGAAUAAGAAGAUACGCCAUUCACAGGCGUGUGAUCGAUGCCGGUUGAAGAAGGUGAAGUGCGAUGGGUUGAAACCACAGUGCUCGCAGUGUAAGAAGGCGAAUUUUCGAUGUACCACAAGUGAUAGGUUAACCAGACGAGGGUUUCCGAAAGGUUACACCGAGAUGCUGGAGAUGGAAGUUGUGCGAUUACAGAAGGCUUUGGACGAGCUUGGCGGUGGCAGCAACGAGGAUGACGGAGUUACGUUGGAAGAACCCAAAAAAGAGCCAAAAAUACCGAAGAAACCGUCGAAGACUAAAUUUGCGGAGAAUGAAGAGGCGGAAAAGGUCAUUGCAGAGCCGCAGUUUCCUUUCAUAAACGAUACAUUCCAUUAUUACGACAAUUACGUUCAGGGUCAGAAUUACUUGGGUCAUCGCACUUGGGAUCUUUUGCAGAAGAACUUCGCUGUUAGUGAUUCUGUUCACCAUAGCAGAGAUAUCAAUGAGGAAGAAAUCACAAAAAAUACACACAUGUUCAUCAUGACGAAUCUUUUGCAGUUGCAACCAAACUCGUUUUGGCUACCUCGUUUCUUGACUACGAGAUACGACGAUAACUUACAUAGACUGAAGCAAGCAGUCGUGAGCCGAGUUCAGAGUUUUAACAAAUAUCAAAACUCUUUAGUCCCGCUGUUGUAUCCGUUUGAAGAGUGGCAGUGUUCUUUUGACCAAUUAUUGAACCAUGAUAGCCGUCCUGAUCCGACUAGUAUAUUGGCACUGCUCUUCAUUGUGCAGAUCAAUUGGGUUUGUCUUGAUGACGCUCUUUUGUUUAAAGUAACGAAGAUGAUAUGUUCGUCUACCGCGUCAAGUCUCAAAUCUCUCCAGACGCUGUUACUUGCCUGCUUUUACUUUAUGGGCGAUCAAAGCUCCAAGGAAGAUCGAGUGAAUGUGUUUGCCUCUGAAUUACUGCAUAUGGCAUAUGGUAUAGUCUUGGAUUUAGGGUUGUACAUUAACUCGAAUAAACUGAUACCUGUGACAAAGAAGGAGGCGAUUCAAGACCACGAUAGUCGAAUUGUCACUUUUUGGACGUUUCAAUUUUUAGACUCCUGGUGGUCUUUAAUACAAGGGUUGCCAAAAUCGAACUUCAUGGUAGACGAAUUCCACCCGCGCUCCAUUUCAAGUUUGAAUAUUCCGACUCUGAAACCGUUAUCUCUACUAUUGAACUUCACAGCGAAUUCAUUAGACGGUUGUAAUUUACUCCAUACAUUGUCUACUAGCAGUGGUAAAGGGAAGUCAAAACUUAUCUAUUUAGCUGAGAGUUUCAGGCAAUUAUUGGUGCAGUGGAAACUAUAUCAUCAACUACAGGAUCACGAAGAUGAAUUCAACUCUGAGGAAUUAUAUCGCCCUGUUACCUUAACAAAGCCUGAUGUCAUCGAAAUUCAAUUGACGUUAUUCUACUUGGUAGUCUCCUUACUUUCAGAUAGAAAACCUGACAGCUGCGAUUUUCCAAGCGAGGCGCCAUCGGUUACUUCCAACCUGGAGGACAUCGCUUAUGAAAUUUUGUCCCUUUAUUAUUUAUUAUUAGUGGAUCAGUCAGGAUCUGAGUCAGAAUCGCUUCCGCCCAUGCAGUUCAACCUUCAGCAUAUACUUCCUUGUCCAAAUAGAGACUUGAUUAAUUCAUGUUUAUGGAUACUGCACGAGUGGGCGAUGGCACCGCAAGGAGAUAACGAACUGGAAGGUCAAUUAAAUUGGAAGUAUGACAAGUAUCGGAAGUUUUUGCUGCAGUGGUGUCACCUGUACUUCAUUGAAGAUCCUGAAGACCCCAUAUUAGCCCAUUUAUCACUAAGUUUCAAAAUCCGGUUGAAGGAAGUUGCGCCCAAUUCCAAGAAAUGCAAAGAAGAAUACCUACAGAAGGUCGACCAGUUUAUCAAUAAGACGUCGUCUUUCGUGGGUCGGUCGAAUCUUUUGAGAUCAAAUUCGCACGCUGUCAUGGAUCAGUUCGACAUGUUCUCACAGAUUGAUCUUCCCAGCAACAUGUUGCACGAUCUUAACGCAGUCCCAAUGCAUGGUCAAAACUUGGAAAAGGGUAGUCCUCCGGCACAAUUGACUCACAACGAUAACAACAAUAUCAUAGACAUGUCAAACUUCCGAUCGCAAAUUUUAAUCGAACAUGAAGAGACCGAUGACGGUUAUGCAGAGGAUGACGACGAAGAUGAUGAGGAAGACGAUCUUAAACCGUUAGAAAUCCCGUUUUCCUCCAAAAGAGCAGGAUCUCUAUUUCAUACUAAGCACAACUUACCUCCGUCACAUCGGGCACCACCCAGCGCUGGUAAUUCUCAUAGGCGAAGGACUGUGGAUCACAUCAUACUCGAAAAUAGCAACUUCGGUUCUCAAACACAACUACCUGCGAUGAAAAAACAGAACCGUGAUAGUUUAAACGAAGCUACUGUGCAACCUAAUUUACAUUCCCCAGAUCUGAUUGGUACCUAUCAGAACUACUCGGUGAAGCUUCCAGCACGAAAAGCCAUGUCCACCAACAGCGGCGGCAGGAAUUUGUCUACCAGGUUGCAUGAAAAUGUCUUGCCCCCGCCUCCUUUACCGCAUCAUGAGACCCUGUUCGACCCUACAAUAAGAAUUGACAGCACCCAGGGGACCAACACAGGUUCGACGCACUCAAGCCACACUCCACAGAUUGUGGAGACGCCGCGAGCCUUCGUUGACAUGCUGCUGUUGCAGCCCUCCGAAGCACGAGCGGUCAUAAAGUCAACUCCCCCAUGUAGUACCACUAUCGAGAGAUGA